AUGUUCGAACCUCUUACUAUUACGACAUUUGUAACUAUUGGAAAUUAUUAUGCAUCUAUUCUUGUCAAAGAUUAUGCUAAAGCGGCAUAUUAUUAUGAAAAAUUUGUCCAAGAAGAACUUGAAUCACCAGAUAAUUUUGAUAAUGAAUAUCGAUCAGCAUUUGAUUUACCGCGAAUUCGUUAUCUGUAUCAUUUAGCUCACGGUUUCAUUUAUCUCCAAUUAGCCAAUAUCCGAUUUGAACAACGAAAAUAUCUGGAAGCUUUUGAAUAUACUAAACAAGCAUACACAGCAUAUUUGGAAAUUCAAUACAAUCUGCACCAACAAACGUUACUUGUACCAAUCUUCAAUAGUUUUGCCAAAAUUUUUUGGAAAUAUUCUGAACAAUAUGAUCAAGCUACACAAUACUAUUUACAUGCACUUCAAAUUAAUAGAAACGACGUCGACACAUUCAUUAAUAUUGGUUUAACACAAAUAAGUAGCGAGGAGUAUUCGCACGCUCUCAAUUCUUUUUCAACUGCACUAUCAAUUCUUGAGACAUUCAAUGGAACAGAUUAUGUUUCGACUGGACUUAUCUAUCGUGGGAUGGGUCGUAUUUAUCAAGAGUCAAAACAGAUUUGGCAAGCAUUAAUCUAUUACUUAAAAGCAGAAGAGAUUUAUAAAUAUUCUAUUCCUUCAAAUCAUGAAUUACUAGAAGAAAUCAAAGACGAUAUAAAAGGAAUUCUCAACGUCAAAGAUCAUGUUCGUGAUGAUUUAUGA